GAAGUUCGAUGACAGGUAAAGAAAUGCACAUGUUCAUUACAAAAAAAAUAUUUAUAACGUUUUAUUUUUCAUCUAACUGAUAUUUAUACACGACUAUACUCGAUGUUACAUUAAAAAAUUUUGGUGAAGCAUCUAUUCAGUGCAGUACGCCACGGUUCAAAUUUCAAAAUGGACGAGACGUUAUAUGUUUUCCAUCGCAUUUUUUCAAUGGCAGGUGUUUCCAUAUACGCUAAGAAGAACUGGAUCUCCAAAGCAUGGCUCGGACUCCUAAUAUUUAAUGCCAUCUGCGGCGUACUGUGUUUUGUAUUCACGACUGGAUUUGUAGUUACGAAUACUACGGACAUUGAAAUUUUCAUACGAGGUUCUUGCAUAUGGUCCAGUGGAGUUCCGAUGGCGAUUACCUUUGUUCUAUGUUUGAUUUACAGAUUCGAAUUAAGAGGGUUUCUAGAAGAGAUGGCUUUUAAGGAUGAAAUGCAGGCGAUGCCUCUGAUACAACACGUUAAUAGUUUGACCGAAGGAAACCUUUUGUAUGAAUUGAAGGAACUGGUUCGAAUGUCUCAGAUGAAGUUGGCGAAUUUCUCAAGAAUCUUUCUGAAGGUCUACAUAAUGAGCGUUUUGGUGAUCGCAACUCUGUACCCAUGGAGUAGUAUCUAUGAGAUGUGCGUCACUGAAGAUGACACUUUGAGAUUGAUUGGUUUUGAUAUGUGGUUCCCGUGGAGCUUGGAUGACAUAAGUGUUUACGUAAUGUCGUUUCUAUUCAACGUUUAUCUUGGUUGUUUGUGCAGCAUUGCAUACCCAGGUUUGCAAACGACAAUAGUUUUAUUCCUUGGUCAACUCAUACGCCAGUUGAGGAUUCUAAAUUUCAUACUGUUAAACUUGAGUGAUUUGGUUGAUGAAAUUGUUGGAGACCAAAACCACAACGACAUAUGGCAGGAGGUUUGCAACUCGCUUUUGUGCCAAUGUGUCGACCAUUAUGUGAAGUUAAAAAGUUUUAGCAAUCGCAUCAACUUAACAUUCCACUUUUACUAUUUAGCAUUGUUACUGAUGGCGACUGUGCUAGUUUGCAUGUGCUCUGUAAAAAUUGCUAUAUCGGAUAAAUUAGCACUGGACACUAUGAAAUACUAUAUGCAUGGUUUCUGCUUCAUAAUGAUGGUACUGUUGUUAUGUACACUGGGUCAACAAGUCAAUAACGAAUGCGAAAAACUAGAAGAGAGUGUCACAAACAAGUGGUAUUUAUACAACAAAAAUCUGAAAGUGAACAUACAAAUUUUCAAAAUGGCCCUCGAUCAAAGGAUGCCGAUCUCUAUAUUCGGCUCUGCGACAUUAUCUUUUCCUACUUUUACAUGGUUUAUAAAAACUGGAACGUCAUUCUUCACUCUAGUGAUGUCAGUGUUAGAUAAUUAGGCAAGAAGAUAAUAAUAGUUCUAGAAUUCUAAGUUAGCCAUAUUUUGCGUCCAAAAAAUGGCUUCACCUGUAGUUGCUUCAAAUCAUUCAGCACAAAAGGGGAUCGAUCGUGAACAUGAUGUGGGCAAUGGCGGCUUGAGUAAAUGGUUUAAAACAGUAUACUCAGGCCGAAAGGAGAACACCCAUUGGUAGUAUCGUCCUUGGUUGGCCUUGUAAAUUCACCUAAUUUAUAUCAAAAAAAUUACAAGUUUUUAAUUUUCACAAAACUAUGUUAAAUAAUUUGCUUUAAUUUCGCCAAACAAAAAUCUCUAUAAUAAAUUGGUAAUUCAUUUGUAUUUUUUGACACACUUGUCUUCUCAGUGCUGCCAUUUUGUAAUAACCGUAUCGAUUUAUCAAUAUAUAAUCGAUGCACUUGUAGUUAUUUCAUCAAAAUAACGAGUUAGAUUAUGUGUAUGAUAAUUCAAUAUGCUUAAAAAAAAUAUUAUACUGCAUUACAUUUGUCUCAAAAAAAAAGUAGUUUGAUCUGUAUAUUAAGAUUAUUGAGUAUAGAUAUAGAGUCGAAAGUCCAUAAUACUCGUUUAGAGCGACUGUUAACAAUUUUUUU